AUGACCGAAUCAAAGAUGCAGCUAGAAGACUGGCUGGAUGACUUAUGUGUCCGCUUCAUCAUUAACCUACCUUCCGAAGAGCUCGAAUCAGUGGAACGCAUUUGCUUCCAAAUCGAAGAGGCGCAAUGGUUCUACGAAGAUUUCAUCCGACCUCUUGACCCCGCGUUACCGUCACUUUCCUUGAAAGAUUUCAGUUUUCGCCUAUUCGCGCAUUGCCCGCUGAUGUCACAAUGGUCCCACUACCACCAUGUUAUGGCCUUUUCAACCUUCCUGGCCUACAAGACCCGAGUCCCUGUUCGCGGGGCUAUUUUGUUAAACGAGGAGAUGGACUCGGUCGUCCUGGUCAAAGGUUGGAAGAAAGGCGCAAACUGGAGUUUCCCACGAGGCAAGAUCAACAAGGGCGAGCCUGAUCUGGAAUGUGCAAUUCGGGAAGUUUAUGAAGAAACUGGCUUUGAUGUUCGUGAAGCGGGCUUGAUUCAAGACGGAAAGGAUGUCAAAAGCAUAGAGGUCACAAUGCGAGAGCAGCACAUGCGACUCUUCAUUUUCCCCCGGGUCCCUAUGGAUACCUAUUUCGAGCCCCGCACCCGCAAGGAAAUCAGCAAAAUUGAGUGGUACAAGCUCUCAGAUCUGCCGACUUUGAAGAGAAACAAACAGCACGAAGAGGGAAUGACCGUUGCCAACGCAAACAAAUUCUACAUGGUCGCUCCAUUCCUGCAUCCACUCAAGAAAUGGAUUGCGCAUCAGAAAAGACUCGCUGCUAAAACCCAGGGAGCUGCCAAACAACCCCUGCAAAGUGAAGGCUAUGUUUCGAUGGAUGAAAACGGUUACCGGACCAAUGGUACCGCUGCUGAGAUGGCGAUGCCUAGUGACCUGCCAGAAGUAACCUCGGCCCCCGAUGCAUCUCUGCAUAUUAAGCAGUUGUUGAAUAUUGGUGGAGCCCCGUUGGCGCACGCCGAAGCACAGGCACCUCAGAUGGUCCAGCCUGCUCAUCUUCCUGCUGUUGACCAGACCAAAUCGAAUGCGCUCCUAGCAUUGCUCAGGAAGGGCUCACAAGACCCUGUUCCGCAGGUUCGAAACGAAAGUAUGGCGCAGCCGACCGGGUUACCUACAGCGCAACCAGCUCACUUGCCACCAAACUUCUUCCCUGGUUUUCCUCAGCAACAGCAACAUAUGGCGCCAUCUAACUUCAUGCAGCAAACCUCUGCACAACCUUUACAGGAACCGCCGCGGGGAGCAUCGCAGCCUGCUAUGUAUGCUCACCAAGCUCCUUCAUUACCUCCUACUCGGCAGCCCGAGCUUCCUGGGUCUUCUGGCUUGCCUCAAAUCCCCCAUAUGUCCCCGACCAACUAUCUCACUCGCAAUGCUCAGCCUCCACCUUCCCAUGUGAUGCCUACGAGACAUGCAGCGGCUCCAUUCCAGCAAACUGGAGACCCUCAAUUCUCCCAACUCGCCCAGCAAGCUCAACUUCCAGGUGCAGUUGUACCGUCAGCGAGCAAACUUCCCCCGCCAACUCUAACUAGUCACUCUAUGGCGCUGUUGAACUUUUUCAAGGAUAACACUGCAAAAACUCCUCAACUUGUAAAUGCUGCUCCAGCAUCCGUACAAACAUCUGCUUCUGCACCUGCCCCCGUUCCGGAGACUAUGAAAGUACGAAAGACAUCUCAGCACCAGGAUAGUCUCUUGAAUCUGUUCAAGGGCCCCAGUGCCGCUGCUUCUCAGCCGGCAGAGCUUUCAGGCCAACCUGUUCUAUCAGCCCCGCCUCCAGAGAAGCAAAUUCUUCAACGACCUUCUCAGCAGACUGAUCUGAGCAUACAACCUGGCAAGACUAGACAGAAAACUCAAGCCGGAGUGGUCCAUACAUCCGCGACUGUCUCCGGGCCGAUGAAUAUACCGCAAUUCGAUGCGAUUCCAAAAUCAUCGACCAGAAAAGCAACCAAUGGAUCCAGUCGGAAGAGCAAUAACAACCGACGAGACCAGGCACAAACUCAACAGCUUUCCUCUCCCAUUACUAUUCUUCCCCGACCUCAAGCCGCGAAGCGAGAUGUAUCUAUUUCAGAACCCAUUGCGCAACCCUCACCAAUCCGAUCUCAUGUGCCUGUUCCUCAGCCAGCAGCUCCGGAACCAGUCAAGCCAUUUCAGCCUCAAAUCCUGCGUCGCUCCGACAAAUCAGGCUACGAGAACUUGCUGAUGACAACCUCCAAGACUGGCAAUGAGGAACAUAAACAGAGUCUACCCGGAUUCCAGGGUACACAGGCUGAGCUAGCUCCUGACAACAAAUUCGAUCGCCGGCCUAGUCAAACUGCAGCGCAAAAAGAAGCAUUAUUAUCUCUAUUUGGAAAACCCGCUGUUGUCUCUCCGCCCCCAACGUCGGCUGUAAAACUUGAUUCUCGAUCCAUAAAUCAAGUGUCUACUGCAGCAUCUGGGUUGGUUAGCCCACUCUCCUCUCUCCACUUUCACAGUAGUGGAGACUCAAUUUCUCGCCGUGGGACACCGUCUGAGAACGAGGUGGCUUUGCCAAGCGUGAACCGCGUUUCUUCGCCAACGAACAAGGCGUUUUUGCUGGGAUACUUGCAGGGAGUUGCGAAGGGCAGCAAAUGA